GCUUGUGUUGAGAUACGAGUGUUCUAAGCACGAAGCUAGCGGUUAAAUUUUCGAAACGAGCUGUGUUAUCUGCUCUCAAAUAUCGGGCGGUGUUUUGAACCAAGUGCGUUCAGUGUACUCGAGCUAUGGUGAAUUUUCGUGUCAGUGUCGAGUGAAUUAUAAAUCGGGGCUACCUCGGUGAGCCGGCACCGCUAGAGCCAAUCGUCGCGUGAUGGCGCAUGGAGUGCGCGCGGACGGCGUGGUGCGCGACGCUGGCGCUAGCCGUGCUGGCGGCGGCGGGCCCGCGCUACAGCUCGCGCAUCGUACACACGCAUGCCGGAGCAAUCAGAGGCAUCAUAGUGGAACCUGCAUCACGUCGCUUGGAACCAGUGGAAGUAUUCCGCGGAGUUCCGUACGGAGCACGGCCGGCUCGUCUGGCACCGCCUCCGCCACCACCAUCCUGGCCAGGCACGCGCCUCGCCGACACCUUCGCGCCUGUCUGCCCUCAGCGCUAUCCCGACAUAUCGAACAAGAGUGCAGCAUUACUAAGGAUGCCGCUAGGACUUUACAACGAACUCAAAGUGACGAUUCCAUUGCUCGCCAACCAGAGCGAAGAUUGCCUCUAUCUCAAUAUUUACGUUCCCGGUAGCGGUGCGCGAGGCGUGGAAGCGCCUUACGCAGUGGUGGUGUGGCUGGGCGCAGCGCACGAGUGGGGGUCGGGCAACGCGCUUGAUGGUGCCGUGCUCGCCGCGCGUGCUCACCUGCUCGUCGUCACGCUUAACUAUAGAAUAGGAUUAUUAGGUUAUUUAACAACAGGCGCUUCGGAUGAAGUGUCGAUGUCUGGCGGUGCUGCUCCCUUAGACGUCGCAGCAGCACUAACGUGGGUCAGAAAGAAUAUUGCAGCAUUUGGUGGUGACCCAAGAAGACUGACCCUUGCCGGACACUCUGCUGGAGCAGCUUUGGCUAAUGUAAUGCUGAUGCUCCCUUUAAGUAAAGGUCUAAUAACACGCGUGCUGCUAUUGAGUGGGUCAGCACUUAGUCCAUCAGCCCUGGCGCCUGAGCCGGCAUUAGCUCGAGAGCAUACUGCGCAAGCGCUACGGUGUGCUCGAGAUUCAAACAGUGGGGAACAUUGGUUAGCUGCGUGUAUUCGUUCUCGUCCUCUGGCAGUGCUACUAGCGGUUGAAGCUCCGCGUGCCAGAUUUCUAGCUGGCUGGGCUCCAUCAGUACCCACCAGGGACUCCCAGGCCCAAGCCCCGACCAAAGCACUACAUGCAAGUGAAAUAUUUCUGGACUGCGCUUUAGCCGUCGUCGUGACGACUACUGAAAGCUACCAGUAUUUUAGUGAGGAUGACGUUCGACAUGGCUUUGAAGAAGAACACAGGAGUCGUGUUCUGCGUACGUACGUCCGCAACGUGUACCGCUACCACCGCAACGAGAUCUUCGCUGCCAUACGCAACGAAUACACGGACUGGGAGAAACCGAUCCAGCACCCGAUCAACAUCCGCGACGCCACGCUGGAGUCGCUCAGCGACGCGGCCGUGGCGGCGCCGGCGCUGCGGCUGGCGCAGCUGCACGCCAAGCGCGGUGCGAAGACUUACUUCGCGCACUUCGCUCAUCAAAGCAAGGAUUCUGAUUAUCCUCAGCGUUUGGGCAGCGUCACGAGCGAAAACCUACCAUACUUCCUCGGCUUACCUCUUGUGGGUGGUAUGCCAUUUUCUCCGAGAAACUAUUCGAGGGGUGAUGUAGCUGUGGCGGAAACCACAGUCGCCCUUCUAGCAGGGUUUGCGAAGACUGGGGACCCAACUCCUAAGACUGAUGAUCAAAGAAGUGACGCAACCAGCUGGCCUCAAUACGAACUGAAUACGCAGCAAUAUUUAAGUAUCGGAACAAAAUUGCGCGUAAAAAGCCACUAUCGAGGACAUAAAAUGGCAUUAUGGCUGCACUUGAUACCGCAGCUGCAUCGACCAGGAGCCGCGCCGAGGCACCAUCAGUUCCGCUCUGUACAUCCUGAUAUGUUCGCAGGGGAAAUAUUCCCAGAGAUGUAUACCACACCGUCACUAGAAGAAGAGGAAACACCUGAGGAACAAGAACCUGAAGUUGAAGAGUGCGAGCCUUCGCCCUCUGCCCGACCAGCCCUCGCUGCACUCCCCGCCUCACAGCCAUCGCCUAAAGAAGAUUCAUUGACUACUCUCGAUAGCCAAUAUUACAGUUACACAGUGGCGCUUGGAGUAACAGUUGGCGCUGGAUGCUUCCUAUUAGCACUAAAUCUUCUAGUGUUUGCUGGUAUAUAUCUGCAGCGUGGAAAGAGACGCAACAAUCGUCGCCCAAGAAGAGAAGGCAGCUGUAGCAGUCGCGCCAGAGCGGGUUCGAUGACCAGCGAUCCCAUGACCAUCACCUCGCCGAGGAAGAGCACGCUAAAGCGCAGCAGCGAGGCAGAACUAAAGGAGAGACCGAGCACCGCGCCUCCAAAAAAACGCGUACAAAUCCAAGAGAUCUCAGUGUAGAGGAGUUUUGAACUGGCACGAUGAUAAUGUGAAUAAUGGAAGAGAUAACUCGUGAAAUUAGUGAAGUGAAAUAUUUCCGUCGUGGAAUGUAGCCAUCGGAUCGUUACGGGUGGGCGAGCUUCGUCCGCUCCACUGACUCUCCUUGCAUCGGUAGUCCGAUGCACGUGUGACGUAUCCUCUGACUGUAUUACCCUCUGUGGAUUUACCCCUUCCUAUAUAUAGUAAUGUAUCAAUUCUGACCAAUAUACGGUUUUCGGUGGUAUCCGAUUCAUCUUAAUGUCGCCUGUAGUCAAAGACGUUAUGUACCUUUUAUACUCUGUUAGUUGAAACGGUCACUUUGUCUCGUGCGAUGGUACCAACGUAAAUUAUGUUUCCGUUGUCUGUUGUACUUUCGUCUCUUUUUGUCAGCUGUGUCUUUACUUUCUGAAUUGUAAUUUUAAAUUUAUUUCUUCACUUUAAGUUUCCGACUCGAAAACACAAACAGUUCUUGUUAUUGCCUUUUAUUCUUUGCAACUUAAAGAAGCUAAAAGAUAAGGAAGGAAAAGUGUUUUAUGUACU